UUUACGAGGCAAAAUAUCGGAAUGGAUUCAUCCGGGUUACUCGGUCAGAGAAAAAACAUUCUCCCUGAUAUCAAUAAGAGGAGCCAUGCCAAAGCCAGCCUGAAGAGAAAAGAGAAGAAAAAGCCCCAGCAAGGCUUUGCAGAGGAGAGGAGUUAUGCCAUCAGGAUGAAUGCAGAGGAAAUAGCGCGAUUCCGAAACAGUCUGCACCAGAAUCUUUGCGUGUCCAUGCUGCAGGUGGGAUUUCAUCGCUCCUUUAAAGAGUUUUAUUCUUUGCUGCAGCGCUCAAAGGCAGACAGUUUAGCCGCAGAUCCAGGCAGCGAGCUGUGGCCAAAACUCUCUCUGGAGGAGCAACCACACAAACUGGAGAUGCUGAAAGAGCACCUGACCCGUGCUGAGACUGCACAAAGAGCUGAUAAUUAUGAGGAGGUGUAUGAGAAUCAUUUGGCCCUGGCAAAGUUUUUUUCAGAGCCAGAGGACAUAUGCCUGCGUCAUCAUUUUUACGAGCUCAGCCUCAAGGCUGCCCGCAAGGUCAAGAUGGACUCCAGGAGGGAAGCUGAGGCUAAUGAAAACCUCGCCCAGCUGUAUUUAGAGCAAGGAGACUUGGAACUGGCGCAGGAGCAUUUUGAGAUGUUUCACCGCCUGGCACUGGAACAGUCAUGGCAAGAUGAGAGCGGACACACACACUUGUCUCGUGCAUGUGUCGGUCUCUGCAGGGUUUACACGCUGGUGUCAGAGAGAAAGCUGCAGCGUAAAGAAUAUCAAGCGGCCAUUCAGCUCCUCAGUCAGGCCUCUGAGAGGGCUAAAGAAGCAGGUGAUAAGAAAAUGGAGGGUGAGACAGCAUACAGACAUGGACUGGCCUAUCAGAGCAUGGGUGAUCAAACAACUGCUAAACAGUUCCUAAACAUGUUCAUGGAGAUCGCCACAGCACUGGGAGACAUGGAGAGCAUCAGCAAAGCCUAUAAAGCCAUUGCUAAAUCUCUGGAGAGUGGCGGUAAAAUAAGUGAUGCUAUCAAGCAUUUAGAGAAAUACCUUGAGGUUUGCAGGAAGAAUGAUCAGCAUGAAAAUCUAUUGGAUGCUUACAUGUGCCUGGGGUCCAUACACAUGUCCAGAGCUCAGUACAAACAAAGCUCUGAGUAUUUUACUCAGGCCUUUGAGAAGGCAUGCAGUCUCAACUUGGAACCAAGCAUUCAGAAAGCUCAGGUGUGUUUGGGCAUUGCCCAAGCUCAUUCCAUCCUGAGGGUGUACGCUACUCACUUGCAGAUCAACAGGCCACAAAAUAUCUCUACACUCGUGUCCUGGAAAGAAACACGAGAGGACAAGUUCCAUAAGAGUCUGUGAGAAUCUGCUAGAUCCACAUAUUGCAGUGAGACUUGA